GUGAGGUUGAAGUUGAAAUUUAUAAUUUUUUUUUCAUAUUUAUUAUUUAAAUUUAAAAUAUAAAGAAAAACAUGUUCGCUACUAGAAAAAUACUGCCAAAAAUAUACAGGCAUUUAUGCUCUGUUCCUUUACUACCCCCAAGUACUCUCCUAUCUUCCCUGAAUUGCUCUUUCUCAUCUAUAAUCUCGAAUCACCAACAGCCCCAAAUUUUCAAUAAAUCUCCAAAUACUAAUUUAAUUUGCACAAGGAGCUAUGCAAAAGGCAAGGACAAGAAAAAAGAAAAUAAGGGUAAAGCAGCUAAAGUAGUCAUCAACGAAACUGAAAUAUCUGAGCUAGUCAAAGUGGAAACCCUUAAAACUCAGCUGCAAAAAGCCGUAGCUCACAUGGAAGAGGAUUUCAUCAAAAAUCUAUCUUUACGCUCCACGACAGGGUCAAUUGAGUCAGUACCUAUUAGUUUAAAUGGCAAAGAGCACACUUUACAAGAACUAGCUCAAAUAGUAAGGAAAAACCCUAAAACUAUAGUUGUAAAUUUCGCAACGUUUCCACAAGCCAUCCCUGCAGCUUUGAAGGCCUUAUCCAAAUCCGGAAUGAAUUUGAAUCCUCAACAAGAUGGAACAACUUUGUUUAUUCCUAUACCAAAGGUUACAAAGGAACACAGAGAACAACUAGCCAAAAAUGCCAAGCAGCUUUUCGUCAAGUGCAAAGACAGUGUAAGAGACGUACAAAAUAAAUACGUAAAGCAAGUGAAGCGCCAAGACAAAGUUUCUGAAGAUUUAGCUAGGAACGUAGAGCAACAAAUUGUGGCCUUAGCGGACCAAUUUAUUGCAGAAGCUGAAAGUAUGCUAAACAAAAAACAAACUGAAUUGCUAGGAGAUAAAUAAAUAAUUAUUAAUCCAAUUGCAAAAUUAUUAUAUUAUUAUUAAAAUGCCUUAAAAAUUAUAUGUAAUUGAAUUAUUUUGUUGUGCCGUGGCUGCUUCAAAAAGACAGCCACGGCACUUAUAUAAGAAAUUUCCUUGCCACAGUAACAAAGACAAAAUGUUUUACACAAAUAAUUAAUCUGUAUCCAUUCUGUCUGCAGCUUCUGUGGCUGUAGCUGCUUGGGGGUCCCUCGGUGCUUCCCCCUGAUCUUCCCUAAGAGGCCCUGGAGCUUUAUCAGCACCCUGUCCUCUUCUCUCCUCACCUUCAAUAAGUCCUAAAUAAGGUGCAAUCUCCUCUUCUUCUAAAAUCUUAAAUUGCCUUUCCUUGCCAACAAAACCAAUAGAAACAUUUUUGGUAGACAAAUCUAUUUCUGGAGGAAGGGUGUCUCUCAAAGCCCUCAAACCGUGUUUAAUAAGUUCUUCUAAGCUGCUGUUUAAUAAUUGAUCCAAAUGCUUUUCCAAGUAAGUCCUGGCGCUUUGAGAUCUGGACCCAAUAGACAUGGCUUUGCAAUCGUAAAAGUUGGCCGAAGGGCAAGUUUGGUAAAUGUGACUACCUUUAUCAUCAAACCCAGCAACUAAAAGGCCUACACCAUAAGGACGACGAUCGUAACG